AUGGCAUGGCUUAUUUGUUUCUGUGUAUUUGGUGCAGUAAUCGUAGUGGCACUUUAUCUGGGGAAAAUCCAUGGCUUUCUGGUAGAUGAUAGAGCUCCUCCAAACCUUCCUUCUCUCCCAAUUAUCGGGAGUCUUCUGAGCCUAAGGAGUGACAGCCCGCCACAUAUUUUCUUUCAGCAGCUGCAGAAGAAAUAUGGAGAUAUUUAUUCGCUUAUGAUGGGCUCCCAUAAAGUUAUCAUCAUCAACAAUCACCACCAUGCAAAAGAGGUCCUGCUUAAGAAAGGGAAAAUAUUUGCAGGAAGACCACGCACUAUUACUACAGACAUUUUAACACGAAAUGGGAGAGACAUAGCAUUUGCUGACUAUAGUGCUACAUGGAAGUUUCAUCGAAAAAUCGUACACGGGGCUCUGUGCUUGUUUGGAGAAGGAACUGCAUCUAUCGAGAAAAUAAUUUGCCGAGAAGCGAGCUCUAUGUGUGAAAUCCUGACUAACCUGCAGAGCUCUGCAGUAGACCUGGCCCCGGAGCUGACCCGUGCUGUCACAAAUGUAGUAUGUACCCUCUGUUUUAGCUCCUCAUAUAAACGUGGAGAUCCUGAGUUUGAAGCUAUGCUCCAGUACAGCCAGGGAAUUGUGGAUACAGUUGCCAAGGACAGUUUGGUGGAUAUCUUUCCAUGGCUCCAGCUCUUUCCAAAUCAAGACCUCAGAAUCCUCAGGUGUUGCGUCUCCAUUAGAGACAAACUCCUUCAAAAGAAAUAUGAUGAACACAAGGCAGACUUUAGUGAUAACAUCCAGCGAGACCUGUUGGAUGCUCUACUGCACGCCAAACACAGCUCAGAGAAUAACAACACGAGCACUCAGGAUGUUGGUCUUACUGAUGAUCAUCUACUCAUGACUGUAGGGGAUGUUUUUGGCGCUGGGGUGGAGACUACAACCACUGUGCUGAAAUGGUCCAUUCUUUAUCUUAUACAUCAUCCACAGGUUCAGAGGAAGAUUCAGGAGGAGUUGGACACUAAGAUUGGGAGGGACCGGCACCCCCAGAUUAAUGACAGAGGAAAUCUGCCCUACUUGGAAGCCACCAUCAGGGAAGUGCUCCGAAUCCGGCCAGUCUCGCCACUUCUCAUCCCUCACGUAGCUCUCUCAGAUGCCAAUAUAGGAGGGUACACGGUGCAGAAAGGGACACGAGUCAUUGUCAAUCUGUGGUCUUUGCACCACGAUGAAAAGGAGUGGAAAAACCCAGAACUAUUUAACCCAGAGCGGUUCCUGGAUGGGGAAGGCAAGAGUCUGUGCUGCCCGUCACUCAGUUAUUUACCGUUUGGUGCUGGAGUGCGUGUGUGUCUUGGUGAGGCUCUGGCCAAGUUGGAGCUCUUCCUCUUCCUGUCAUGGAUUCUGCAAAGGUUCACUCUGGAGGUGCCCACUGGUCAACCUCUGCCAGAGCUGCAGGGUAAAUUCGGAGUCGUUCUUCAACCCCAGAGAUAUAAAGUCCUUGCCACACUCAGAACAGGCUGGGAAAAGAAGCUACAGAGCCAAGAGUCUGAGUCAGCCUAA